GUGCACCGCGUCUCUUCCUGAGCAGAAAGCGAGGCAGCAGCAGACGCAGACGCACGAGCCGCGGCUGCUGGUAAACACGCCGCGCACGCACACGGCUUUGUUCCGCGCCGCACACGCUCCGCUGGCCUCCCCCUCCAUCUAGUCAUGCCAUGGAUAUUUUGUGGCAAUACCAGUUCCGAAUCAUCCUACUCGGGGAUUCGACGGUGGGCAAGUCGUCGCUGCUGAAGCGCUUCACGGACGGGAUUUACAGCGAUGUGGCGGAUCCGACGGUCGGGGUAGAUUUUUACGCCCGCUCACUUGACAUCGAGCCCGGGGUGAAGAUAAAGCUUCAGCUCUGGGACACAGCUGGCCAGGAGCGAUUCAGGUCCAUCACCACAUCAUAUUAUCGCAAUUCGGUUGGUGGGCUGCUAGUCUUUGACCUUACUAAUCGCAAGACCUUUGACCACGUGAGCGAGUGGCACAAAGAGGUGAGUGAGCACAUCCUCCCUCACCACAUGGUCUUCAUCCUUGUCGGCCACAAAAGCGACCUCAACAAGGACCGCAAGGUGAGCAGGGGCGAGGCGGAGCAGCUGGCGGCCGAGCUGGGCAUCCGCUACGUGGAGACAUCGGCCAAGUGCAACAGCAACGUCGACCGGGCCUUCGAGCUGCUCACCCGAGACAUCUACGAGCUGAUGAAGAUGGGGGAGAUCGUCACACGCGACGGCUGGGAUGGCGUGAAGAGCGGCCUGACGGCCAAGGUCCUGUACCCGGCUGAGGAGGAGGAGGAACUAGCUGCCGCGACCUCGGAGAAGGGCUGCCACUGCUGACUGAGAACUCGCCGUAGUCAAAUACUGUCUUGUCACCAAGAGCUCACCUCGUCUCACAGCUGUACAUCUAUACAAAGUCGCUCAGGCUCAACACCCUGUGAUAUCACCACCCAUCACGUUUUCACUUUGUGCUUUGUGCUUUUAUCUGUGGGCUCGCCUGAUAACUGGCAUUCAGGGGCCCCGUGUACAUCGAGAUGUUUAGGCAAGUUGUAUCUCUAAAUCCAUGUGGUGUGGCGUGAGCCAAGCUAUGUUGAUCCUGUAAGCUUAAAGAAAUUCGGAACAUGUGAAGUGGUAAUCAGGUCUUGGAGCUUAGGGUGCAGAUCUCAAGCUCAGACGCUAGAGAAUGCUGAAAUUACAGAGAAACCCAUGGACUAUGGCUCACUGUGGUCUGGCAUGCCUACCAUUAAAUACUGCACUAUUGUGGGUUUCUACCUGUCAAAGUUUGUGUGAUGCUUUGCCUGCAUUUAAUUGUGGCUAAUUUAUUGUAAAUAAUAGUGGACUCUACACAGAUGACAGAAAAAGGUCACGUAAAGCUACUUAAUCAAUAGUGUGAACAGAUGCUGCACUCUGCAGCAUCACCACAUGAAGUCAACAUGCUCCUUCUGCUAUUGUACAAUAAGCUGUGUGUGCACCUGCGCCAACAUCGGACCAUUGUGUGAAAAGACGAGUAACGUUUUAUAUGAAAAAGAGAUUAUUUCUAGUAGAACUAUAUCUAUAAACAUAAGCCAUCAUGAUUAGAAUAAGUGGUUCCAUUUAGGUAUUUAUACAGUAGCAUCAACAGCUGCAGGACAUCACGUAAAUAUAGGAGAUUGAUCAUCUAGUUGUCAAAGUAUGGAGGGUUUUAUCUGCAGGUGUUUAGAGUUUAACAGCUGCGUCCAUUCAAAGCUCCAUACACAUACUCCAUAAGCCUGAGGCAGUGACGAAGGCCAACUCACUGAUGAUCACCUUCUUCUAUGGCGUGUACAUGUGCAUUUAGGUCUAGAAUGAAAGUAGAUAAGAUGUGACAAACAUGAGGAUUGCACAUAAACAUGGCAGCGCACCCUGUGAACAUAUGUGAAUUGAUUUGAUUCUGUGGUCAUUACUACCAUCCUGCAAACCAUAGGUCAAUUUAGUACGACUCCUCGACAUAAGCUCCAAAAUAAUGUUUGCUUUCUGAGUUUGUGUGUCAAGUAGUGAGUCCAGAGGCAGAAGGGGGUUAGCCUAGCUUAGCCUAAACACUAUAGGCAGGGGCCCCUGGUGUCUUGUUAGCCAUUACUGAGUGAGCUAGCCAAGCUGUGCUAGCCAGAGACAACGGGUACGAUAAAAUGAUAUAUAAGGGUUUACAGUGUAUGUCCAUCAUGUGAUUAUAGCUGCAUCCCCAUGUUUUGUUUUUUUAAGCUAAGCUUAGUCAAUUUGGCUGACUCCUUGUAAAACAUAGUGGAUUUAUCAAAGUUAAGAAGCCGUCCUCCAAAAUAAUUUAUAUAUUAGGUGUUAGCUCCAAAUAAAACUGGUGAAAAAUAGGAGACCAUUUGUAGCUAUAGUUUUAGGUUUUACACUGAUAAAAUUGUUUUUAAUUUAGGGAUUGUUGAUAUAUUAAUAACAGCUAUGAAGAAGCCUGGGACAAAUUGCUUUUUUGUCUUAGCAGUGAGCUGCAUUUGUGAGAAACACGCGUCUACACACACAUAGCAGUAUCUACUGUAGUUUAAACACGGGAUUUGAGAGUCUUGUGACUGUGGAUUAUAUAAAUCUGGCGUUUACAUGUCUGGAACGCACAAUAAACAGGGGUACACUUAGCCUGAGAACUCACCUUUGCUCCCACUGUGCAUUAACCUCUCACCAGCAUCUCACCAAAAAAUGAAAAAUCUAAUCAUGCAACACUCAUUGUUAACCAGACACAAUGCAUUCUACAGUUGUUACGUUGCAUUUAUGUGACUCACAUCUUCUGAUCCAGUAUGUGCUGGAGUUCAGUGUCUGGUAAAGAAUGUAUUUUACUCUACCUGCAUCACCCCUUUACUUUCUGCACAGCUUCAAAAUCCUGUUACUUCUGGAACAGUCUGCUUGUGUUUGUUUGACAAUCAGAUGAUAAUAACUCAUAUUCACGGUGAAGGCGAAGACUUCAUCACAGAGGUGCUAUGCCUUGCCAUAAGCAUCAUCACUCAUCAAAAACCAGAGUGGCUGCGUUCAAUGCUGCACAUCGACUACCUUUCUCGUCUCUCGCGUUAACAGGGUUUAACUGUAAGAUGUUAUUUGAAUUACUGUGUUAAUACUGUGGUGUUGGCAAAGGGUUCUGUGAUGCCUGCAGAUGGACAUCAUUAUAUGAUACUAAUACUUCAAAAUAUAAAACAUGUUUACAGAACACUGACUAUUGUGCAUAAUAAUGAUGAUGUUAUAUUUAAAUCCAGUCCUUCUAUUGCUGUAAUAUUAAAUGAGCAGCACAACAUUUUGGAAAUAUGCUUAUUCCGUUUCUGAGAGUGAGAUGAGGAUAUUGAGCUACUGUUGUAUCUGUUAACACACAACUUGCUUGACCUAGAUUAGCAAAAUGACUACAAGCCAUUUGAGACUGUUAAACUAGAUGUGUUGCCAACCAAGUAUAAAUGAUAUGUAGGGUUACAUACUGCUUAACAAAGGGACUAUAUCGUAAAGAACAGAGGGGAGCGAUUGGUGUGUGGCUUCUAUCAUGGGGGACAAAUUUUCCAUUUUUAUGUUACAUAAGCAGACACAAAAUUUAAUUUUUUUAACUUUAGUGUCUGUGUAGUUAACAUUUAAGGAACAAUGAGACAUGUUUAAUGUUGGUAUGCAAAGUUAGGCUGACUACAUAAUAGCUCAAGCCACAUGAACAGAUAGGAUGUUGAUUACUGUCCAGUUAUCUAGUCUAGUCUCUUCUCACUCUGCUAAAACUGUGAAUAAGUAGGUUUUUCUUAGAUGUUUACCUAUGUUAGUAUUAUUGAUAAUUAGUAAUACCCUUGCAUUAUAACAUCAAGCAUGUGGCAGGACUCAUGUACCAGAAACAUCAAUUGGGCCUUCAGGAUGGUACAUGACACACAAUUGUGCAGCUUCUGAUCCCUUUGGUCACAUUUUACAGCUUUAUUUCAAAAAUGUUAUUUAUUUUAUAUAUUAUGUAUAAUGGAUUCUCUUAUUUGAUGUGAUUUUAUUGGUUGAUUAAAAAAAAUAAAUAGAUGUCUAAUUGA